AUGGCGCGGCGCAAAGUUGAUGACGAGGAUGACGAUUCCGUCUUCGGGGACUCCGAUGAUGGCAGCGACGAUGAGCGCCCAGUCAAGAAAAAAAACAAAGGGCAUCAUUCGGACGCUAAAAAGCGAGCUAUUGUUUCAGCGUUUCUAGAUACCGAGGCCCAGGUGGGCGACGAGGAAGAGGAAGAUAACUACGAUGACGACAUAUUCCUCCCUGACGAGUCUACGGAAGCGGAACGAUUAGAGAAUCGUAGUAGACUUCGCAGACUCCGCGAGGAGGGUGAACGCAAGGACGAUCAGCGCCGCGUUGGUGGUGCCGGCCUGCUUGAAAACGCCAUCGACAAACUCACUAAGCGGUACCAAGACCGAACGUUUGAUGAAGGUGAAGAUGACUUCAUCGAAGAUGAUGGCGAAGACGCUGGGCAUGACUAUGGCGUCAUGGAAGAUGCCAGUGUCCUCAUGCCGGACCUCAACGACCCAAAACUCUGGAUGUUGAAACUAAACAAGGCGCAUUCAUCAAAACUUGUUGCCAUAAGUCUCCUCAACAAGUUCCUAAAACUGCAAAGCCAGGGACGGCAUUUGGGCAUCUAUUCUUGCUUCGCUCCGGAUGGUGUGAAGGGUUUCAUCUACAUUGAGGCUGACACGAAAAAUGCCAUCCUGGAUGCACUCGCAGAUUUUAGAAACAUUAACUUGAGGAAACUCAAAAUGGUACCUAUCAACGAAGUUUCAAGUAUCUACGCCAUGGAGUCGCAACAGCAGAUCGUACCGCUAAUUGGCGAAUAUGUGCGCAUCAAGUCAGGGAGAUACGCGGGGGAUCUAGCACAGGUACAUGAGUCCGAUGAAUUAAAUGGGAUAGUGGUUGUUAAAGUGAUACCAAGGCUCAAAGAGGAAGACGUGGAAAUCGAACAGCAGAUUGGUGAGGAUGGUUUUCCCAUAGUGAAGCCGCCCAAAGAGGCGAACACGAGUCGCCCAAAGACGAAAUUGUAUAUCAAACGAUUGUUUGAUAGGGAAGCUAUUGAGCUUAAGGGCGGUUUGAUCGAGCAAGGUUUCACGCCAGGCACUUUCCGUUAUAACAACAUGACUUUCCUGGAUGCAGGGUUCUUAUUACUUCGAAUUAGCGUGAGAAGGCUUACCGUGGGAUCGGCUGUAGAUGCAACGCUAUCGGAACUUAAGGAGUUCAACCUAGAAGACAAUUACGGCAACGUGGCGCACGUCAUCAAAAACUCUAACCUACAUCUAUUCAGGUUGGGCGAAAAGGUACGUGUGACACGCGGGGAGUUAAUCAACGUGAUUGGUCAUAUUUCGGGCUUGCACAAUGAGGAAAUCGAAAUACAACCGGAGGACAGUAGCAUCCCCAAGUUCCGCAUCCAUCCAUCAUCCGUCAUGAAGCACUUUAGAGAGGGUGAUAACGUGCGUAUCAUUGACGGUAUCAAUCAGGGAGAGUCGGGGCUCAUAUCGUUAGUAGACUUCGAAAAAAAGAAUGCUGUGGUGUUCUCGCCCCAAAAGUCCGAGCAGUUCAAGGUCAAACUCGACUAUCUAGUGUUGGUGAAAGAGUCUAUCAACUUCGAAUCGCUCGGAUCACUUAACGGUUAUUUCCUUGGGGACCUUAUACAGUCAUCCAAGGGAGAAGUUGGUGUUAUAAUAUCUAUAUCGAAGAGUUGCUUCAACGUGCUGCUGGACACCAAUAACGAGGUCAAAUUGGUGUUGUCGGAUAUACUGUGCAAACGUAGCUCAUUUGGCUACAGCUCUAAGGAUGUUAACAACUCCACGCUUUACACGCGUAACAAAAUACUCAUUGUCAGCGGUCCAUACAAGAACAAGCAGGGAAUUGUUAGGCACCUCUGGAAAAACAAAUGUUUCGUGCAGCUCGAGAAAAACGCAUACGUUGUCGUAGAUAGUGGCACUGUGCUGAACAUGAGCAUUAGCGAAACCCAGAAUCCAUACGAUCAGCGUGGAGGUCAAGAGAGGGGAGCCGAGUUGCGAACCAAAAGUAGGAUACGCAUACCGAACAGAUUUAUAGGAAAAACUGUAAAAAUACUCGUGGGACGUUACAAGGGGCUGCUAGGAGACGUAAUCUCGGUUGAACAGUCUGAAUUUACCAUCCUUUUGAAAGUAAAGCCCAAAGUUGUUCGUAUCAAAAAGGUGGAUGUGACCAUCCUAGACAAUAGGGAUCUCAUGGUCAACAAGAUGCGAUAUGCGAGUCUACUCGCCGAUAAGGACGUGCCCAAACCCGUGCAGCACGUAACCUCCGUAGGGGUGCCCGAUACGCGCUGGGUAAAGAAGGGUGUCGUUGUACGCAUUACAGGUAACGGAGAGUACCAGAACAAGCUUGGUGUCAUAGACGAAGUUAUAGAGGAUCAGGCCGAUACCGAUCUACAGAUUGUACACAUUUUCGUGGAAGAAGACUAUAUCGCAAUUGCCACGGAAUCCGUGGAGGUGGUUCGCCCUACCAAAAGACAUCAGGUUGUCAUCUUGCUGAACGGGGGCGACCAAGUCGGCAACGUCACGGCACUCGAUGGAUUCCGUGCAACUGUAACUCUAGAAGAUGGGAAUGUAGUGGAGGACACUGUAGACAACAUGGCUCUAUACGGAGCAAUGAACAUCUGA